GUGUGUGUACGAAAGAAUUGGUGUAUAUACACACGUGUUUGUGAAGGAAGGUGUACGAAGCCGAGGGUGUCCCGAGCCAACAUGGUGGUGAUGGAGACCACCACCACGCCGCCCCUGCCCCUCACACUCAACAUCAGGGACAGAGAUGCCCCUAAAUUAGACUACUUCAGCGAGUACCAUAGGAAAAGGAAAGAAUACCUCCUCAUUGGCCCGCCUAAAAAGCGAGCGAAGAUUGACCCAGUUGAGGAGAAAGAGAGACGUUCUGUACAGCAUCUCGUAACGUUAACCAGUAAACCGGUGACCAGUAACGUUACUGGAACCGGUAACGUUUCCAGUACCGACAGGCCUCGAGUAUAUGAUGAAAAGCAAGACGAUACAAAUGAAGACAAGCGAGAAAUCUUUACUUCUCUCUUCACUGGGAACCCUGAUAUCCCUUACAUUCCCAAGUCUAACGUGGAGAGAAUAUCGGAAAAAGUGUUUUCCGAGGAUUCUUUUUCAUGUUUGAAUAUUACACCGCAUAUUACGUCAAAUGUUGAAAAACUUGGCUUUACAUCGAUGACAAUGGUGCAGCAAAAAAGCAUCCCACCCAUUCUGGAAGGGAAAGAUGCACUGGUUAAGUCUCAGACUGGCUCAGGGAAGACCUUGACAUAUGCUCUACCCAUCAUCCACAACCUCAUGGUGCAAACUCCACACAUUCAGAGGAGUGACGGUGUCAUUGCUUUAAUCAUCGUUCCUACAAGAGAGCUGGCGCAGCAGAGUUAUCAAUGGUUUGAAAAAUUAUGCAAGUCAUGCGUGUGGGUGGUACCUGGGUACCUGAUAGGAGGAGAAAAGAAGAAAGCGGAGAAGGCUCGACUACGUAAGGGAAUCAACAUUCUUGUUGCCACGCCUGGUCGUUUAAUAGACCACUUGCAUCAUACAAAAUCCCUUAGCUUGUCAAGUGUCAAGUACCUGGUGCUGGACGAGGCCGACAGAUUACUUGACAUGGGUUAUGAGAGGAGUAUCACAAGCAUCCUGGAAACGUUGACAGAGCAGCAAGCAGGGCUGUCAAAGUCAAGGCAGACUAUAAUGCUCUCCGCCACAUUGUCGGCUGGGGUAGAGAAGCUUGCAGGUAUGAGUCUGUUGUCGCCCGAAGUGAUUGAUAUUAGCCACGAUGGAGAGGCGAGCCAACAGCUUACCUCAGAAGCCCUGGCUACACCAGAAAAUCUCUCCCACCAUUAUAUCAUGGUUCCAGCCAAACUUCGACUAGUCACUUUAUCUGCAUUUAUUUUGUCAAAGUGUAAGUUUGGGGAUGAGAGGAAGAUGAUUGUGUUCUUUGCAACUCAAGACAUGGUAGACUAUCAUACAGCUUUGUUUGCCCAGGUAUUGUCCAGGUAUGGGAAAGCAAGCAACACUAAGUCUUCACUAGCCAGAAGGGCAGAAAAAGUUUUGGCUGGUGAAGCCGAUGUUGGUGAAGGAAGUGAAGAUGAAGAGGACGUGGAAGAGGAGCCUGAAGAUGGGGACGACGACGACGAUGUUAUUCUCUUCCAGAAGCUGCAUGGGAACAUGACUCAACAGGACAGGUCAGCUGUUUUUAAAUCGUUUAGACAAGCAACAGCUGGGGUCUUAAUGUGCACAGAUGUAGCAUCACGAGGCUUAGAUAUGCCAAAAGUUCGAUGGAUUGUGCAGUUCAAUGCAGCUUGCACAGCAGCAGAUUAUGUUCAUCGUGUCGGCCGAACAGCUCGUGUCAAUGCUGCAGGGUCAGCCAUAGCUUUCCUUGCUCCAGCUGAAGCACCAUAUAUUCAAAUGCUUGAGCAGCACCAAAUUAUAUUAAAGGAAGUUAAAAUGCAGACAGUACUUAAGAACUUGAUGUUACCAGUGGAAAGAGGCAAUUUUAAGCCAGUUGCUCAUACAGUUGAGGAGGCAGCUACUGGCCUGCAAAUGAAAGUGGAAAAGUUGUUGCUGUCUGAUCGUGAUCUUCAUGAAAUGGCCAAGAAAGCAUAUGUCUCAUUUGUUCGAUCGUAUGCUUCGUACCCGAAGGAGGUGAGGGAGAUGUUUAGCUUUAAGGCUUUACACCUUGGCCAUUAUGCCAAGAGUAUGGGAUUACGAGACACUCCAGCUGCUCUUGGUGCCUCGGCAGCAUUCAGGGCAAAGAGAGAAAUGAAAGAAAGGAGAGAGAGGAAAGAGAAGAGAAGGAAAAUUCGAGUGAUGAACCAAAGAUGUGGAAAGCUGCCUAAAACUGCUAGCAUGUCUGAAUUUGACAGUGGUCUUGAAGGCUUACCCAAGAUUAUUAAAAAGAAGACCAAGAUGAAGAGGUGAAAUGACGCGUACGGUGUGCACGACGACGAGCAGUGACUAGCCAGGGUUCAGGAAAGUGAAAGAUUGGCUGUGAAUUAUUAACCACAUUUUAUUAAAUUAUUGCAUAGUGGAAAAACUUCAGUAUGUAUCAAUAACGUGGGUUUUUAAGCAAGUUGACUUUUCGAGUGUUUACAGUAAAUUUAAAUUAUUUCGGUAUUAUAAAAAUAUCUAUUGUUUUGACAUAGGCACUUUGGCUUAGACAUGAUAAUGAAAUAAAUAUUCUAUUGUAUAAUUUUCAUUAAGACAUAAAACUAUGUUUUUCAUAAUGCAUCUGUAAGUAAUGAACAUUUCAUGAGAAAACUAGAUAUCAAAUUAUUUGCCUAGUGGUAUAAAUGCCAUCAAAUAUGUAGGGGUUGAUUAUAAAUGAUUUAUAUUUGUAUAUUAAACAAUUAAAUCUA